CGCACACGCUCGCGCCCAGAGGCUGGCACCGGUGACCUCUGACCCCGCCCACCAGACGGACGUGUUAGAGGACUACCGCAGAGGUUCAACGCAAACACGAACCGCUUCCCGGCUUCCAGUGACUUCCUGCUGCCGCUGCAGUGAAGCUUUCAUCCAGGCUUCAGCUACAUUCCUCGAGGUUAUUUACCGGGGAGCCGCAGAGCCUACGGCCGCCCUCCUGGCACCUCAGUAAGGGCACAAAUGAGCCGCUAACCCACUGGUUCCGUCCAGUUCAGUCCUUUAUCCGACAAGAAAUACGAAGCUGAGUGGAGAACUUGUUUUUUCAAAGAUUCCUGUCAUCAUGGCAGCCAAAACUAAAUGGGAGGCUGUAAAGGACCGCAUGACCACUACCACCUCUGCAGACCCAGAUGCCACACUGGAGGCGAAUCUGGAGAACGCAGACCCUGAACUCUGCAUCCGACUGCUGCAGGUUCCCACGGUGGUAAACUACUCAGGUUUGCGGCGGCGCUUGGAGGCCAGUGAUCAGUCCUGGAUGGUGCAGUUCUUGGAGCUGCGUGGUCUGGACCUGCUGAUGGAGGCACUGGAGCGUCUGUCAGGUCGUGGCUGUGCUCGCAUCGCCGACGCUCUGCUGCAGCUGACCUGCGUCUCCUGCAUCCGAGCCGUCAUGAACUCAUCUGCGGGACUGCACUUCAUCCUGGACAACGAGGGCUACGUCAGGACCCUGACCUAUGCUCUGGACACGUCCAACGUCAUGGUGAAGAUGCAGGUGUUUGAGCUGCUGGCAGCUCUCGCUCUGUUUGACCCUCAGGGACACCUUCUAGUGCUGGACGCCCUUGAAAACUACAAGAGUCUGAAGAAGCAGCAGUAUCGCUUCAGCGUGAUCAUGAACGAGCUUCACGGCACCGAUAACAUUCCAUACAUGGUGACACUGAUGAGCAUGGUCAAUGUACUCGUGCUUGGACAAGAGGACCUGAGGAAGAGGGACCGACUGCGACAGGAGUUCAUUGGCCUGCAGCUACUGGAUCUGCUGCCCAGACUGAGGGAGACAGAGGAUGAGGACCUGAACAUCCAGUGUGAUGUGUUUGAGGACUCUCUGACAAUGGAUGAGGAAGAGAUGGAGCGGCUAUACGGAGGCGUCGACAUGAGCAGCCACCAGCAGGUCUUCACCUCACUCUUCACCAAGGUGUCCAGUAGUCCGUCCUCAGUCCAGCUACUUUCCAUACUUCAGGCCUUGUUGUUGGUGGAUCCAAACAGAGCUCAGGUCUGGCUGGCUCUGGAGCUGCUGACUGACAAAGUCACCCUGCUGUCACAGGAACCUGAAUUGGAUUCUGUCGACUGUCUUCUGGAAAGGCUCCUCCCCCAGAAAUCACGUUCAGCCAAUCACAGGAUCCGAACUGUCGACAGAGCGAUACAGACUCAACUGCCAGACAGUCCUACUGGCCAAUCAGAGACACUUAUCAAAGAUGCUUUGACAAGUUCAUCAACACCACCUCAGGCUGCUCCUGCUGCCACACCUGAUGCUCCACCUCCCCCACCUCCUCCACCUCCUCCUCCUCCUCCAUUACCUGGUGUGGGAGCACCUCCCCCUCCCCCUCCUCCUCCACCUCCUCCUCCAUUACCUGGUGUGGGAGCACCUCCCCCUCCUCCUCCACCUCCUCCACUCUUACCUGGUGUAGGAGCUCCUCCACCUCCUCCGCCUCCUCCUGGGAUGGGCGUUCCUCCACCUCCACCUCCUCCAGGUGACAUCAUUGUAGCCCAGGCAAUUCGAGGUCUUGGCCGGUCGUUUCACAGUGCCGCCCCACCCACAAGCACCGCCCCCUGCCCCACCCUCCGAAUGAAGAAACUCAACUGGCAGAAACUGCCAUCCAGAGCAGUGAUAGCACAUCAGUCCUUGUGGAUGUCCAUGUCUUCAGACUUGGUGGAACCCGAUUACUGCAGCAUCGAGCAGCUCUUCAGUCUUCCUCCUACAGAGACCAAGACCAGAACCAAAGCCAAGACAGAGUCCAAAGAGAUAUCCUUUAUCGAUGCCAAGAAAAGUCUCAACCUGAACAUCUUCCUCAAGCAGUUCAAAUGUUCCCAUGAGGCUUUUGUGUCUCUGAUCCAGAGAGGAGAUAGGUCCAAGUUUGACAUGGAGGUCCUGAAACAGCUGAUCAAACUGCUUCCAGAAAAGCAUGAGGUAGAGAACCUGAAGUCUCACCUGGCAGACAGGGACAAGUUGGCAUCAGUGGAUCAGUUUUACCUGCAGCUACUCGACGUCCCCAGUUACUCUCUGAGGAUCGAGUGUAUGUUGCUGUGUGAGGAGAGCAGCUGUGUGUUGGAGACGCUGAAGCCCAAAGCAGAACUGCUGGACCGAGCCUGCCUGAGUGUGAGGGACAGCACUCGACUGCCCAGCUUCUGUAAACUCAUCCUGAGUGUGGGAAACUUUCUGAACUAUGGCACUCACACGGGGAACGCAGAGGGUUUUAAGAUCAGCACUCUGCUCAAACUGACUGAAACUAAAGCCAACAAGUCCAGAAUCACCCUGCUGCACCACAUCCUGCAGGAGGUGGAGGAGAACCAUCCUGACCUGCUGAACCUGCCUGAUGACCUGGAGAUCUGUGAGAAGGCUGCUGGGGCGAAUGUGGAGUCUAUUCAGUCUGAAGCAAACUCUCUGACCAAACAGCUGAAAAACGCAGAGAAGAAAGUUUCAUCUUCGUCUGAGGAUAUGAAGGAGCAGUACCUGUCUGCUAUACAGGAGAGCCUGCAGGCCUGUGAGCAGCUGCAGCAGCUAUUGUCGUCGGUGGAGGACAAGAGGAUGGAUCUGUCCGUCUACCUGUGUGAGGACAGCGCCAGCUUUUCCCUCGACGAACUGUUCAGGACCAUCAAGACUUUCAGAGGCCUGUUCCUCCGAGCCAUCAAGGAGAAUGAAAGUCGUAGAGAGCAGGAGAAAAAGAGGAAGAAACGGGAGGAGGAGAAGAAACUCAAAGGAGACACCACCAACAAGAUCAUCAGGAAGGAUGUGUCCAACCAGGAAGAAGGUUGCAUCAUCGACAACCUGCUGGCUGAGAUCAGAAAAGGCUACAACCUGAAGAAGACCAGACCGAGAGCUGAGAGGGGCAGCAGAGUCCACGAUCAUCCCGUCAUCGUACAGAGGUCGCUGGGCAUGGACGAUCCAAAUUCUUCUGCUUCCAGCCAAUCAGAGAAGCCCCCCGACCACCCAGAGAUGGUCCAGAUCCCCACAGAGCCAAAACAACCAAACCCAACCAACACAAGGCCGGAACCAGCGUCAGCUGAGCUCCACAGAAACCCUUCAGUCUCUGGUCCUGCAGGAGAGAAAGAAAUCCAGCUCAGUCCAGAGGAUCAAGGAGAAAACAAAGAUUCAAAAAAAGGAACCAGGAACCAGGAGUCAGAGUUUGAGGAGUUCAGCUUGUUAGAAACCAGAACAACGAAACACGAUGAUGAUGAUGUUGAUGAUGAUGAUGAUUCUGGUCCAAACAAACUGUCCAGCACGUCCAGGAACAGCUCAGCAGGAGCCAGUGUUCAUGUUGGAGCCAAACGGUCUAAAACGAAGAAAGGAUGUAUUUUACACUGAGAUGAGCAGUGAUGAGUGGUUUCCAUGGCAACAGGACCGAAUGUCGAGACAGGAAAAUUAAAAGUGGUAAAACAUGCACUGACCACAGACAAUAAAUAAAGAAGGUUUUUUUUCUGUCUAAAACGAUAACAAGUAAAGAAGUCCGUCUGAGUCUGACAAAGCAGCUGAUUGGCUGUAAAUGACAUCAGCCUACCUGAGCAGACAGGCAAGGUGGGUGGAGCCUUAGUCAUUCAUUAAAUAAUUUUCUGUGUUUGUUUUAGGUUGAAAACAACACAUUUGUGAGUUUUGUGCAACAUAUUCUGAUGUGUUUAUGAAAUAUUUCAGUUGUGUGUCCGGAUGAAGCAGCCGCUUUUGCUAUUUUAAUCUGGUCCUUCUGUUCAGACCUGUCGAUUUAUGUCAGGUUUCAUUUGUGUUUUAUCUUUGAACAGACCUGAAAAUGAACCUGCAGCUGUUCUAAUAAUCAGUCAUUAAUUCUAGCUGUCUUGUAAUGGUUCCCUGCAUCUUAUUUGGCAGCAAGUUGAUAAUUUAUUGGUUUUUAAAAGGUGUUUUAAGAUGUCAGCUUUAGGCAACUGGAGCAGACUUUUUCACCAGUUUCAGGUCUUAGGAGUUAAACACAAAGUCUUGUUUUUACUCAGAUGUGACAGAAAACAGAUGGUGUUAGUGUAAAAGUGAGACAAUCAAGCAGUUUCAGUUGGUAGAUAAACAGAAAUCUGUUUCUCACAUGUUUACUGAGCACAAAAUGACCUGACAGCAGGAUUCAUUUCUUGAAAGGCUCCUCCUCAGAUGUAUAUUCACUGACUGUUUGAUGGGUUUUUAAAAGAUUUUCAAAGGAUUUCAAACAUUUUUAGAUAUUUUGGAGCUCUUAUAGCGGUUUUGAGUGUUUUCUGGUCAGGCCUUGUUUUUUUUUUUAUCAGACGGAGGAUUUUUUACUUAUUAGAUUGUUGUAGAUUUGCACCUGAAACAGAAAAUGUUACUGCAGAAAGUUACUGACUUGCACUGUUUACUGGAAAAUAAAUGUUACAGUUUUUGGAUUA